ACGUCACAAAAAGGCCAACCUUAUCUGACUUGCUAAUGUAAUGUUCCCAAGUCAAUAAUACACGAUAAGUUACAACAGCGAACAGUAAUCAGUUUUACAAUGGCGCUCAAAAGUGGAGUUAGUUUUAUACGUUUUAAAAGACUCAGCCAUGGGAUCCGAUUACUUUCUACACACACAAGACCAGAAAUAUCCCAAAAUGGCGGCAAAAAUGCAGAUUUCCCCGGAGUCAAAGCGCCCUACGUGACGGAAAUGAAACUUCUAAACGAGCACAGCUAUGAUCCUAUACCAAUAUAUCGUGUGAUCGACAACAAUGGAGAAGUUAUAGAGAGAACAGAAGAGCCGAGGAUAGACAAUGAGACACUUCUAAACAUGUACAAAACAAUGGUGCAGCUCAACCAAAUGGAUAAGAUUCUAUAUGAAUCUCAAAGACAGGGUAGAAUAUCCUUUUAUAUGACCAAUUAUGGUGAAGAAGGGAUCCAUGUGGGUAGCGCAGCGGCUCUUUUGCCUCAAGACAUGGUCUUCGCCCAAUAUCGCGAGCUAGGAGUGCUACUGUACAGGGGUAUGACAGUCACUGAGAUCAUAAACCAGUGUUAUGGAAACCACGAAGACCCCGGCAAAGGGAGACAGAUGCCAGUGCAUUAUGGUAGCAAGCAGAGAAAUAUUGCAACUUUGUCCAGUCCAUUAGCAACCCAGAUGCCGCAAGCCGUGGGCGCGGCGUACGCCUUCAAGCGCGCGCCCAACAACGAGCGCUGCGUCAUCUGCUACUUCGGCGACGGCGCCGCGUCCGAGGGAGACGCGCACGCCGCCUUCAACUUCGCGGCCACGCUCCAGUGCCCCAUCAUAUUGUUCUGUAGAAACAACGGCUACGCGAUUUCGACGCCCACAAGCGAGCAAUACCGCGGGGACGGGAUAGCCGCGCGCGGCCCAGCGCUGGGACUCCACACCAUACGAGUUGAUGGGACCGACGCUCUGGCUGUGUACAGAGCCGUCGAAAGGGCCCGAGAGAUAGCGAUACAGAACAAACCAGUACUUAUUGAAGCUAUGUCAUAUAGGGUGGGACAUCACUCAACAUCUGAUGACAGCAGUGCAUACCGACCUGUGGAAGAAAUACAAAAAUGGACGCAGGAGGAAAAUCCUGUACAGAAACUGAAGCUGUAUAUUGAGGGAAAAGGUCUAUGGAAUUCGGAUACUGAAAAACAGUUCGCGAAAGAAGCACGAGAUAUAGUGUUACGAACGAUGCAACAGGCGGAGAAGAAGAAGAAGCCACACUGGAAGGAGAUGCUGGAAGACGUGUACUACGACAUGCCACCGCAUUUGCAAAAACAAAUGAAUCAAAUGGAGAAACACCUGAAGAAGUAUAAAGAACAUUAUCCUCUCGAUCAAUUUCAAAGCGAAUAAUUAAAGAUUAUUUAAAUUUAAACUUCAAAAACAAUAAAAUUUAUUAUUCAA